GCUUUAACCAUCUGGUUACACUGGCCUGCACGUGUACAACGAAAACAUUGAUAAAUGCGUUGUUAAACAGACUAAAUCAAUAAAAAAUGGGUAAAUUAAACGUCACAGUGCUACGGUAUCUCACCAAGGAAGACUUUCGAGUACUUACUGCGAUCGAGAUGGGCAUGAAGAACCACGAGCUGGUCCCUGGGCCUUUGGCCGCUGCCAUUGCGAACCUGAAGACGGGUGGAGUUCACAAGCUACUUAAGGAGCUGUGUAAGCACAAGCUGCUGGCCUACGAGCGGGGAAAAAAGUAUGAUGGCUACCGCUUGACUAACACGGGUUACGAUUACCUCGCUCUAAAAUCUCUCACCUUGCGGGGAUCGGUCAGUUCCUUUGGCAACCAGAUUGGUAUUGGUAAAGAGUCCAAUAUUUAUGUAGUGGCAGACGAGGAGGGUACUGCCAUUUGCCUGAAACUUCACCGAUUGGGUCGAACUUGCUUCAGGAACGUAAAGGCUAAGCGAGACUACCACGGUCGCCGGCACAAGGCCUCCUGGCUGUAUUUAUCUCGCAUAUCGGCUACCCGUGAGUUUGCCUACAUGUCUGCACUUUUUGAUCGUGGAUUUCCGGUUCCCAAACCCAUUGAUUUCAAUCGUCACUGCGUUUUAAUGGAUCUCGUUAAGGGCUGGCCCAUGACCCAAGUUCACGAGCUGCUGGAUGCCCCGCAGGUCUAUGAUGAUCUCAUGAACCUAAUUGUCCGUCUGGGAAAUUCUGGGGUAAUACAUGGCGAUUUUAAUGAGUUUAACUUAAUGGUAACGGACGAAGGCAAGCCAAUACUGAUUGAUUUUCCCCAGAUGAUGUCUACCUCUCAUGAGAAUGCUGAAUUCUUCUUUGAACGCGAUGUUAACUGUGUGCGUGAAAUGUUUCGUCGCAAAUUUGGUUACGAAAGCGAGGACUAUCCCAAGUUCAGCGAUUUGGUGCGCGAGGAUGACUUGGACGCCGAGGUGCAUUGUACGGGCUAUGGCUUUACAAAGGAGAUGGAGCAGGAUCUUCUUGAGGAGUACGGCAUGGUGGAGCAUGCUGAUGAGGAUGACGAGGAAGAUGAAUUCGAAGCAGAGGAGGAACCUCCAACUUUAGUCACUGCGGCGGCUGAAGAGAUUGAUGAGUGUCGACGACAGGUGGAAAACGAGGUGAUUUACAGUGAGGCCAAGCCAACACAAAAGACAGAUGAUGCAGUGCGUCGGUACAUUGAAUCGUGUACGAAAUAUCUAGGUAAUCUGACUGUGGGUCCAGAAGUUCCCGAUCAGACACUGCCUAAGAAAUUGGAAGUACCCCAUUCGGUUGAAACUCCAGAAGUUAUAUCAGUUGAAGUGAAAGAUCCAAUUGCCCAAGCUGUAACAGAGGAUGACAGAUCUAUCAGUUCCAAUGAUUUGGAUACGGAUGAGGUGCCCGAACUUGUUGGCUUGGAUCCCAACUCACGCAUGUAUCGUCUAAAAAUGGUCGAGCAAAUGUUAAAUGAUGCCAGAAGUCAGCGAUCUUACUCCACCACAACCAGCACAAUAGCUCCGUCCGUGAUCACCGAUCGAAUACGCAAGAACAUGGACAUCAAGGAGAAGCGGGAACAGCGUAAGAAGUGUGUGGCGAAGGGAGAAGCCAGUGCUGUGCAUCGUCAUCGCAAAGAAAACAAGGAUGUGGUGAAAGAAUACGCCGGAUGGGAUUUCUAGUUCAGGUUCGACCUAUAAUUUAAAUAGGUCACUAUUUCUUACUCUUCAUAGUGAUAUGUACAUUUUAAAUAAAAAAUUUUGAACCAGAAA